CCCGGGUAGCUCCAUUUCCCCUUUUUCCUCCGCCCAGGCUGUCCCGACCCCCAAAGCUGCCGGGCGGGCCUAGGCCUUGCCCCGCUGACGCCCUCAGGACCCCCGUGACCCUGACCACGUGCUGCUGCUCCAGGCGCGGAUUUGAAGGGAUUAAAAUGACAGCUUUAGGGGUACAAUCACCGCCUUAAAAUCCACGUGGAGGAAGAGUGGGUUUAUUGCACCCACUUUUGUCUUUAGGCGGAGGAUUUUCACGUGGCCUCACACCAUGUUCCUUGUUGGUGCCAGUUCAUUUCUACAGCCAUUUAAAUUAAUUAAAUCCUUAUUUUAUACUUAACACUGAGCGGCAGAAUCGAGCUGGGCUCUCAUGGAGAUGGAGGUGCCGUAGGGGAGUGCCAUCUGUGCCUUCAGAGUGAAUCAGAUUUCUAGCAUCCUCAUCUAUUAAAUGAUCUGGAGAAGGAAAUGCAAACCAAUAUCAUUGCCAAGAAAACCUCAAACUCACAGAGAGUUGGAACACCAUUGAACAACCUCAACAUACAUUUUUACACCUCAGAUCUGCAAGACUAAAGCAUCAGGAGAACCUUCCAUGUUCUCCUAUUCUGGUCAAAACUAGCCUAGUCCAAACUCCUUGAUUGGGGACAAGUAAGAGGAAGGUGCUGGCCAAAAGGACUUUAUGCUACUCUUCAAAGCAUCUAAUUUCCUCACAGACGGCAUCAGGACAAGGAAAUGGUGUAUCUCCAUGAAUAACUUAAAUGACCCUCCACAUUGGAAUAUCCGGCCUAAUUCCAGGGCAGAGGGUGGUGAUGGAAGCAGAUGGAAUUAUGCACUACUGGUUCCUAUGCUGGGAUUGGCGGCUUUUCGUUGGAUUUGGUCUAGAGAGUCUCAAAAAGAAAUAGAAAAAGAAAGAAAAGCAUACCAGCAAAAAACAAUUGCUUUCCAACAGGAACUUGAAGCUAAAUAUCGAGAUAUUAUCUCAGAAAACCGUCGUGCAGUAGCUCAUUUGUCUGUGGAGCUUGAAAAGGAACAUAACAGAACAACUAGCUAUCGUGAAGCCCUCAUCUCUCAGGGUCGAAAAUUAGUAGAAGAAAGGAAACUUCUGGAACAGGAACGUGCACAGGUGAUGCAAGAAAAGCAGCAGCUACAACCUUUGAAAAGUGUUUAUCAGCACUGCCUAGAAAAGGAAGAAAACUGGCAAAAAAGGGCUGCCUUUUUGCUGAAAGAAUUUGAAGAAGCACUUAUUGAACGACAGAAUAUCUACUGUAGUCUGGUUCUUCCUCGGACCAAGCGCCUGGAAAUCGAGAAAACCCUGUUGGUUCGAGCAUCCAUUGAUCCAGUUGCUGCUGACCUAGAAAUGGUAUCUGGUUUAACAGAUAUAUUUAAACAUGACACAUAUUGUGGAGAUAUGUGGAAUUCCAACAAACGUCAUAAUGGAAGGCUCAUGUGGCUCUAUCUCAAAUAUUGGGAACUAACUGUUGAAUUAAACAAAUUUAAGAGAGUGGAGAAAUGCAUAUUAGAAAAAUAAAAAAAAAAAACCAUAAAAAAGGAAGACUUCUCUUAUUUACCAUGAAUGGCGUAAAACAAGACCGGAAUUCUGGGGUUCUGGUUUUCACAAUAUCUUUCUUUUUUCACUGCUGCUGUUACCACAUAUACUGCCAUUAAAGCAGAAUGUCUCUGUAUUUGUGGAUUAGCUGGCAUGCUUCUAAAGGUUGCCAACUUUUUAAGGUAAUUGCAUUUUACCUUUCCUUUCCUGAGGAGGCAACAAAUUAUCUCCCUAAAAUACUUGACUUUCAGGCUAUUAAAAAGCUGUCAAUCCUCUGAAGUUUGUUCAGUGCCAUUGAUAAUAUUAAAUAAUAGAACACCAUUAUUUUGUCCUACCACCAGAUUAGCUUUGGGAAAGAAUGAUAAAAUGAUUAGUGCUUAAGUAAAGUACUACCUUACUUUAAAUAUAAAUAAUGUUAGUCUAUUUUUGUCAUUCUCUUAAAAAUUAUGGUUUCCCUUAAACCAUUUAUUCUCAUAGCAUAUUUUCUCCAAUAUGAAAUCUAAAAAUUGUCAGGUUCUAUGUAGAAUGAUACUGCAAUUGACAAUGCAAAAUAGUACUAUUUAUCAUAUUAACACAGUUAUAUCAGGUUUCUUAAACUUUCCAAUGCUUCCAGUAUCCAAAUUUAUGCACUAUUUAAUGAGAUUUGAAUUGUUUGUAUUCAGUAAGCAGAUUUUAGUUGUCAUUAGUGUUAUAUGAAAACUAGUGCUAGCAUGAACUAUCAAAAAAUAGUUCCUUAAGAAUCUUAAUCAUACUUUAUAUAGAGAGCACUUUAUACUUUAUAAAAGAAUUCUUCUGAUAUUUAUAUAAUAUCGCUAUAACAACUCUAUAAGAACAGAUAUGAUUCUCAAUUUAUAUAUGAGGAAAUAGUCUCUGAAAGAUUAUUGAAUAUAAGGACAGAUAGGAUUCUCAUUUUAUAUAUGAGGAAAUAGUCUCUGAAAGGUUAUUGAAUUUCAAAUAGCAUGGCUAGUAAAUAGCCAAGCCAGAGAUCUGGUUGGUGUUCUUCCACUUAAGCAUAUUUCAUAUCCAAAUGUGGUAAAAAAGAGAAACUGUAAGAAAUAUGUGCUUUAUUAUUUAAAUUCAUAUUUAGAGUAAUGCUUUCCUGAAGAGCAACAAAAGGGCUGUUAAGGUGUUCUACAACUAUGACAUAAUCAUAGAAUGAUUUGGUUUGACUUGUUAUUUUCUUUCGUUCAUUAUCAAACCGUAUUAAACCAUUAUCAUCAGCUUCCUCUAAGUUCAUGCUUUAUUUUGUUUUUAGAAAGGGCAUCAGGUUUUAGUAUAAGGGGCGAGAAAUAACUAUGAAAGUUUUUCACCAUGCGCAUUUCUAGAAUGAUAUAUAGAACUCUGGGUAAGCAUUGAAUUAAAAUUUGCUUUAGAAAAUAAUAGCUUUUUAAAUGGCUUAGUGCUUUUUAUUUUCCUGAGUGUUCAUAAUCUCACUUGCAUAUUACUGUGUUGUAUCACUUAGCAUAAGGCUGAUAUCUUUAGGUAGAUGUGCUCAAGAAUUUCACAUUGUAAUCUCUAUUUCCUAAAGCAGUGGUUCUCAAAGUAUGGUCUAGAGAAUCCUGGGGAUCUCUGAAACCCUUUUAGAAGGUCUUCAAAUUCAAAAAUAGUUUUCAUUUUCAAUAUGGUAAAUGUCUAUAAAUAUAAUCCAGAUAAACAAAAACGCUUUGGAGAGAUCCUCAAUAAUUUUUAAUAGGAUAAAGAUACUGAAAACAAAAGUUUGAGAACCACUGCCCUAAAGUUUUGUAUCUGAGAUUUUCUAGUUAAUAAUUCAAUUGACUAGUUUUUUAACCUUGAAACAAGUCAAUUAGAAUCUCACUUUUUGAGUUGGAAGGUACCUUAGAGUCAUCUAGUUCAUUCCAUUUUAUCAAUCUGUCCUCACUCUACUUUUCUUCAAUAAAUGAAAAGAAAUUAGUCAAUUUUUAGCUUAUCACUUUGUUAGAUGAUCCAGUAUGAUUUUUUUUUAAUCCUAUGCCAUCUUCAUUUAGUUAUUCCCUUCCCCCAAAUCUAGCUAUGUGCUAAUGGAGUACAUAUUAAUUUAGUGAGGAGCCCAAAUAAAACAAAAUUAAGACAGUAAUUACAAAUUAGUAUGAUUGUGUGCUUCUACAAAAAAUAACUACAAUAGUGUCUUACAGUCAGGUAGAAAUAAUUUGGAUUUUCCUUGCCCUCUAAUAGCAUGAUUAAUUGAGAAUUGGCAAUAUUUUACUUAUCCUCCAUAGAGAACAUUUGUAAUGAGGAGAUAUUUAUAUGAUCCAAUAAAAAUAAAUAUGUGACAUGAGCAUUUUCAUUAGUAAAGAAGAAUAUAACAGUGGAUCAAAUAAUACUUUUCUAGUCAUUUUGCAAAACCAAGUGGCAAUAGAAGAGCUAUCCUUUAAAACUUGGUGAUUUUGAUCCUGAGAGUUGAGACAGUGAUCAGGCAAGUAUAAUAUAGAAAAAUUUAGCAGAAAAAAAAAAGAAAAGAAAAGAAAAAAGCCCUUUUGUAGCUCAGGAGAGGAAAAUGGAGCCAGUGAUGACUCAAAACUUUUGAGGUGGACUUGCUGGCAUGCUACAGAUGAUAGGAUGAUACAUUAUCAAAAUGAAGACUAUGGAAAAUAUCCUUUAAUGGUAAUGGGAGAGAGGAAACAAUAACAAAGCAUGUGGCUUUUUAAGUCAAGAGGUUUGGGGAUAAUAUAGGGUAAUGGUUUCUUUGUGGUUCAGACUGUUUUUUAGCUUUCCCUGUUAUAAAAGUGUCCAAUUCAGGCCAAUUUUAUGAUAUAAAAGGACUGAGCACCAGGACUAACCUCCUGCUGUUAGCAAAAAUAAAAGUAGAUAGUUGUGCAGUUAUAUAAUGUUUUCUCUCAAAUAACAUUUUUUGUCUUGGAAUUUUUUUUCCCUAAACUCCUUGUCAGUUAAGAAUGGUUAAUACACUGUUCAAAUUAAAAUGUCAUUAAAAGUGGAACAACUACAAAUAUUAUAGCCUCUGAUGUCAUAUUGUAGAGGAAAAUAUGUGUAAGAACAUUUGUUAUAGUCUUAAGGCACUUGUAUUUUUUCUUCAAGAAGUGGCUAAUUAAAACAUGUCAUCUUUA